AUGACUACCAAAGGCCUCCGGCUGCGACAGCCGCCUGUCUCCGUUCCCGUUAUCGAGAAGCUGAAGGCACAACGGACCAAAACACCAGACCCUACAAAACACCCAGCCGGCAAAGUCAAACAUGGCCUCUUUACCCAGACGCUCCGCAUGUACUUGUUUGGAGUCUACUUUGCCAUCAGUAUCAUAGCCAUUGCCAUCACCCAAUACAUCGGCCUGCCAUUGUAUUUCUAUAGUAGGGACCUCUUCUACGCAUGGAUGGCCAUGUCGAAGCAGCAUUUCGGCAGCGUCGUCAUGACCAUGACAUACUGGUGGGCGCCUGUCACUAUGCGCGUCAGUGGAGACGAGAGUGUGAGGGGACAGCUGAGAAAAUCAAAAGACGGGAAACUCGAAUGCGACUUCCCCGAAAGACUGCUCUACACCGAUUGGGUCUACAUAUGGUGGACAUGCUAUACCGCUUCCAUGCACGGUCACCUAUACAUCAUUCUCAAGGAGUCGCUCAAAUAUAUACCCGUACUUGGCUGGGGAAUGAAGCUCUUUGGCUUCAUCUUCCUCUCGCGCAAGUGGUCGACCGACAAGGAGCGCUUCCAGCAUCGUCUGAGGAAGCUGAGCACAAGCCAUAGCGGCCCGUUAUCAGGCUCAAAGGGUCUUGAUCCCAUGUGGUUGCUCAUCUUCCCCGAGGGCACAAACUUGAGCACAAACGGUCGCGAGUCAAGUCAGAGAUGGGCAGCAAAGAACAACAUGCCGGAUUUGAGACACGCCUUGUUGCCGCGGAGUACAGGACUUUCCUUCUGUCUGCAAGAGCUCAAAGGCUCCAUCGGUCAUCUAUACGACUGUACAGUAGCCUAUGAAGGUGUCCCCGUAGGCCAAUACGGCCAAGACCUCUUCACCCUCCGCGGCACCUACUUCCAAGGCCGCCCCCCAAAAUCCGUAAACAUGUACUGGCGCCGCUUCGCCAUCGCCGACAUCCCCCUCCACGACGAAAAAGAGUUCAGCGACUGGCUCCUCGCCCGCUGGCGCGAAAAAGACGACCUCCUCCAAUACUUUGUCGAACACCAACGAUUUCCCGCCGACGACGGCGUCACACCGAAUGUCAACGGCGGAGAACCGCUCCAGGGCCCCGGAUGGAUAGAAACGGAUAUCAGACCAAAUAGGUGGUGGGAGUGGUUGCAGAUUUUUGUUCCUACGGCUGCGUUGGGGUUGGUAGUUAAUGUGUUUGUUAAGAUUGCGGGGAUUGUGAUGAAAGUUGCGCGAGUACGGGAUUGA